AUGCCGCAGGGCGCACGUCUGCUGCUGCUGGCGCAGGCCAGCAGUUCCGCCACGCUGCAGGGAGCAACACCGCCGCUGAUGCAUCUGGCGGGCUGCUUGGCGAGGACCGCUGGGCGCACGUCUGCUGCUGCUGGCGCAGGCCAGCAGUUCCGCCACGCUGCAGUGAGCAACACCGCCGCUGAUGCAUCUGGCGGGCUGCUUGGCGAGACCGCUGGGCUGACGUCUGCUGCUGCUGGCGCAGGCCAGCAGUUCCGCCACGCUGCAGGGAGCAACACCGCCGCUGCUGCAUCUGGCGGGCUGCUUGGCGAGACCGCUGGGCUGACGUCUGCUGCUGCUGGCGCAGGCCAGCAGUUCCGCCACACUGCAGGGAGCAACACCGCCGCUGAUGCAUCUGGCGGGCUGCUUGGCGAGACCGCUGGGCUGACGUCUGCUGCUGCUGGCGCAGGCCAGCAGUUCCGCCACGCUGCAAGGAGCAACACCGCCGCUGAUGCAUCUGGCGGGCUGCUUGGCGAGACCGCUGGGCUGACGUCUGCUGCUGCUGGCGCAGGCCAGCAGUUCCGCCACGCUGCAGGGAGCAACACCGCCGCUGCUGCAUCUGGCGGGCUGCUUGGCGAGACCAGCGGCAUGCCGCGAAUCAAGCCACGUUAG